AUGGCCAAUUGGUCCAUCACCACUUUGAGUCACUCUCAUAAGAGAGCAUCUGGUACUACUCCCAAAACACUUCCUACCAUAGAACAAGGCUACAUAGACGACCUUGAGUCAGUGCUAUGGGUGUUUCUUUGGGUCCUCCUCAACUACUCAGGCCCUCUUGGGAUGGAGUGGGGGAAAAAAGGGUUGAUGACAGAUGGGUGGAUUAACCCGGACACCACAACAUGUAUCAGAGCCAAAUAUGUCCUUUACUGCUUGGGAAAGGCAACUCUCCUCUCACAAAUCCACCCAUACUUCAAAGACCUUAUGACUCUCAUGGAUACUUGGUUGGAAAUGAUGCAACACAAUGACAAGGAGCCAGUAAGCUGUGACACAGUGCUGGAACUCCUGGACUCUUUUCUGUUGGAAUACCAGGCACUAAAGCUUCCUCUGGGGCAAGAUGUUGAGGUGAAGCACAAAAGAAUUGUGGUCCCUGAAUCUGAGGGAACUUAUCUUUCGAAGAAACGUGUGAAGGCUACUUAG